AAUAGUGUUCUGUGUAUAUACCAGGAACGAACGAACGAACAAACGCGUACCUAGUGUUUCUUUAUAGUUUGCUUUGUGGUCACAAAUUAUAAAGAAGAGGUGAUAUGAUAGUGUGUGAUUUGAGGCAACAAGGAUUUGAAGAAUAAUAUAAAACUAUGGCUUGGACGGGGUAUCAAAAGUUUCUUGCAAUAAUGAUGGUUAUUACAGGCUCAAUUAACACUCUGAGCACUAAGUGGGCUGAUAAAUUGGAGUCAAAAGGAUCUAAUGGAGAAAUCAGAGCUUUUAAUCAUCCAUUUCUUCAGGCAGCGACAAUGUUCUUAGGGGAAAUAAUGUGCUUAGUGACUUUUAAGAUGGUGUAUUUUAAAACAAGAAAUACGGGCGGACAUAGUUUGACACAUGGCAACCAGAAUUUUAAUCCUUUUAUAUUAAUGCCGGCUGCAAUGUUUGACUUGAUUGGUACGUCAAUCAUGUAUAUAGGCCUUACUCUCACUUAUGCAAGCAGUUUCCAAAUGUUUAGAGGAUCCAUCAUCCUUUUUGUUGCAGUGUUCUCUAUGACAUUUUUAAAUCGACAAAUAAUUACUAGAGAGUGGGCUGGAAUAAGUAAGUUGAAUUAUUGUGUUAUAAAAUAAUGUCUUCAGAAGUAGUAUGGUGUAUAGUAUUAUAUUAUUACGUCCACAGCUGAACAUAGGUCUUUCCCAUGAUCACCACCUUGGCAGGUGGAUUGGUAAUUGCAACACUGUGCCGGCACCGGCACAACGCCUGCAACUUUAUAAGGCGCAGGUGCGGCCGCACAUGAAAUACUGUUCCCAUCUCUGGGCAGGGGCUCCCCAGUGCCAGCUCCUUUCACUUGACCGCAUCCAGCGCAGAGCGGUUCGAAUCGUCGACGACUCGAGCCUUUCCGACCGGCUAGAUUCAUUAGCGUUGCGAAGAGAUGUUGCAUCGCUUUGCAUUUUCUUUCGCAUUUACCACGGGAAGUGCUCUGAGGAAUUGUUCGGAUUAAUCCCAGCCGCCAAAUUUCACGAACGCAUAUCGCGGCAGAACUCCCGAUACCAUCCACACCAUCUGGAUGAUUGGCAGUUCACCACUAUGUUUUCUUCCUCGCACAACUUCCUUGUGGAAUCGAUUACCACCAGCGAAUUUUCCGGACCGAUACAACUUAGGGACCUUAAAAAAAAGAGCCUACUCCUUUUUAAAAGGCCGGCAACGAAGCUGCAAUUACCUUGGUUCCCCUGGUCUUGCAGUUGUUCAUGGGCGGCGGUAGUCAUUUACCAUCAGGUGAGCCGCAUGCUCGUUUGCCCCCUCUCCUAUUAAAAAAAAUGUCUUUCAUAUUUUCACGGCUCUCUAUGUAUCUUUAUGUUUUACCUCUGGCAUAAACAAAGUGGUUUAAUAUCUCUAUCUAUAAGAAGACAUGUGCAGUGGACAAAAUGGAGUAAUGGAUUCAUUAACACCGUCAGCACAUUGCUAUAAAAUAUUUUGCGGUCUUUAAAAAUUUAUUGGACAUUGACCACUACACAAAUGGACCUGUUUGUAUUCAUUUUUUAGUAUUUUCGUGGAGCAUGUUAGGGUGCAUAAAACCAACAUCCACUCUAACACAGCUCACAAGUAAUCCUGCUUUACAUUUGUGGAUGGUUUUUGCCAUCCACUGGAUUGUCAAAAUGUUGGACCACCACUUCCGAUUUUCCCUCCACACUAAUAAAAUUCUCAUCAUUAAUAUCUUUUUGACUAGAAGAAAUAAAACAAUAAAGUUUAAUUUAAAUAUAAUUAUCAUUCAAACAUAUUGCAAGAAAAUGUUAUAAGAUUAUAGUGAUUACAAUUGUGUGAGAAAACUCAUUGUCCUAUCGCUUUCAAAACAGUAAGAUAUUUUGUACUGUAAUGGUUAAUAUGCCUACGAAGUGUGAUAAUUAUAGGAUCUCCUUUAUUUAUAGGACAGACUUGUGUAUAUAUCUCGACUGUAAACCGGGUUUUUAAAUAAAAAAAAAUUCUUUUAAUUUUUAAAUGAAUAUAAUAAUGUAUGAAAUUUUAAGAUAGAACAAAAUUAAGUUUGAACAAAAUAAAGUCGUGAUUGAUGAUAUAUAUUAUAAAUCUCCUUUAAUGCAGAUUGAUAUUUCAUAGGUUUAGUAUGCAUACCUAAAUACUUGGUAUUUCCUGCAUAAAAGAACAACAGUAUUUGUUACUUCCCAUGACAGUAAUAACAUUGCUUAGAGACAAUCUUGUUUGCAGAUAUGCAAGCCGUAUAUUAUCAUAACAGUAUGCAAUGCACAAUGUAAUAAGAGAUAAGCAUUGAUUCAUAUUCAUAACCUUUGGUUGGUAAAUUUGUCCCUUAUCUACGUAGUACAACCACCAGUCCUAAUUUAUUUAAUUAAAAAAUAAUUUCAAACCUUCAUUUCUGUUUACAAAAUAGUAACCUGUCAUAAUAGAUAGAAGAAAUACACUGUAUUUCUUAUUACGAUGACAUGAACAGUAUAAAAUAAUAAAUAAAUAAAUAAAAAAUAUAAAUACCCUGUGUGAUAACUGAUAAUAAUUGAUUGCAACAACCCAUGGAACCAUGGGUCUGAUCUCUUACGAUACUCACAGCACGAAAUGGGGUUAUGGAUUCUCACACGACACCACCACACGGCAGAAGAUGAUGAAAGAAAGGAAUGAAGCUGGUAGGUGGAUUUACAUAGAACCAUUCGAAAUUCGCAGGCACAAUAGUCAAAAAGAAACAAAAUAUUCUUUAUGUAAAUAAAUGUUAAUCUAACCAUAUCAUAUUUACUGUUAUAAAUAACUAAAGAAAUGUUUUUAGACUGUCAUGAUUAUUCUUCAUAACAUAUUCCUGUUCUGGGUUCAUAUUACAGCUAAAGCUGACAUGUGUUUAUUGCAAGCAAACACACUUUGCACAUUUUAAAGAGUGACUCAUAGAGAGUUAUGUAAACGAAUACUUUUAAGCAAGCAUAUUUGAUUAUGGCAAUGAAUCAUUUGAUAUGAAUGCUUCCAUUAUUAUUAUCUAUACAAAUAAAUAAAAUUGAAGUUUCUGUUUGUAAUGUCAAAAUACCAGCAUUUUACUAAAUGCAUGUGAAAGUAUAUACGAUACUUAUAACAAAAAUACAAUUUUUAAAAUUUUUGUCUGUCUGUCUGUAUGUUUGUUCCGGCUAAUCUCCGAAAUGGCUGAACCGAUUUCGACGGGACCCACUGGCAGAUAGCUGAUGUUAUAAGGAGUAACUUAGGCUACUUUUAUUUUAGAAAAAGAAUUAGAGUUUCACGCAACAUAAUUAAAACCCUAAAUUACACGCGGAUGAAGUCGCGGAGAACAGCUAGUUUGAAAUAAUAAUAUAUCCAUAAUAACAGCAGGGGUGGCACAGGAUACAAAAUUGGCUUUAAAUAAGGUAUCAAUCUAAAUAAGUUAAAAUAGAAAUCGAUGAAAUCCGUAAUGUUAGCUCUAAUCAAUGUGUAGUAUUCGCGUGACUGCCUCAUUGGUCUCGUGAUCGUAACCGUGACAGUCAAUUAUGAGAAACUGGGAGUGAAUCCCGGAUCGGACCAUAGUUGUUGGUUAUUCUGUCAAUAAAUCCUCAAUUGCAGCCGGGACUCAGAAAUUAAAAGGUGUUUCACCCCCGUGCCUCGGUUGGUCCUGCGCCUGAUCUCUCUCCGAUUGUGUCAGAUGACCGUCCCAUCAACUAUGAGAGUGUAGGAAGAGAGAGUGUAUGUUUUUUUUUUGUAAUAAUCUGUACAAAAAACAUAAACUCGAAUUGAGAAUCUCCACCUUUUCGAAGUCGGUUAAAAAUACAAGUUGUAUCCCAGCUGCGUAAGCGAUUUGUGACACUCUUGUUUUAAAUUCCAAAGUAUGUUCAUGAGAACGUUCGCGAUAACAACGUACGACCAUACCUAAUUCCAACAUAACUUACAAAAUGUUCUAUUAUGAAUACAAUUAAAAUGUAUCUGAAAAUUAUAUUAUUAAACACUUUUUAAUUUACGUAGUUUUAAGAUUGUUACAUUGAAUUGUGAUAAUCCUUACAUACAUUAUCAAGUAUUUAUUAUUUAAAUUAUUUAUCAUUAUAAGUCGAAAUUUCUUUUUUAAUGAUUUCAUGACUUCUAAGGAAAAUGUUUAUCUUAAUUGAGACAAAGUUUAAAAAUAAAGUUAAUUUAAAAGUUAAGAGAUAAAGUUUGUAGCUAUAACAAAAUAUAUAUUAAUAUUAGAAAAGUCAGUUUGUAAGUAGAUAAUAACAUAAUUUUUGAUUUCAUUGUACAUACAUACAUUCAUAUAAUCACGCCUCUUUCCCGUAGGGGUAGGCAGAGACCAGUUCUUUCCACUUGCUACGAUCCUUACAUACUUGUUUUGCUUCGUCCACUUUCAUUAUUCCCUUCAUACAUGCUCUACGGUUUAGGGUACUCUUGACCUGGCCUUUUUUCAAGACGUCCCUGAUUUGGUCUAGAAAUGUCCGCCUAGGUCUACCCCUUCCAAUACUUUCAUUCACACUCGCCUUAUACACUUUUUUCGUCAAUCGUUCUUCAUUCAUUCUCUCGACAUGGCCAAACCAUCUCAGCAUACCUUUCUCAAUUUUUGUCACUACAUCUUCUUUCAGACCACAACGUUUCCUUAUCUCACUAUUUCUUAGCCUGUCACUCAGUUUAACUCCUAUCAUACUUCUUAAUGCUCUCAUCUCAACUGCAUUUAUUCUGCUUUCAUGUUUCUUCUGCCAUACCCAAGUUUCACUUCCGUACAUGAGUGUCGGAACCAACACCCCCUCAUCCACAGCCAAACGAGCCUUGUUAGACACCUUCCGACUGCUCAUAAAGGAGUGCAAAGCUCCAUUCACCAUGUUUCCUGCAUUCACACUUCUUUCGAUAUCACUCUCACACUUUCCAUCUCUUGUAAACUUUGAACCCAGAUACACAAACGAACCCAGAUACACAAAAGAGUUUGUGUAUCUGGAUUUCAUUGUCUAUAAUAUAAAUUAUGAAACUUAUAAAAAUUGCGAAUCGAUAUUAUUUGGACUUGAUUUAAUUAUAAUCUAAAUUUAGACAAACAAAACUGUACAAAUUUUACAU